CUCAUUUCUAUAUUUUUCUUCCCUUGAUCCUUCUCUUAGUUCCUUGUUUCCAUUUCACUCCUCCUGCCUUAUUAUUUCUUCUUGUAUGCCUGCUUAUCCCAACUUCCCAAUUUACAUCAGCCUGCAGGAAACCCCCUCCAAGUCUUCAUCGCUGAAUUCAUUAGCAGUGCCCCGUGUGGAGGUGAGGCCCAAUGAAAGGGCCUGGGAAACCAUCAGUGGGUUCCUUUAGUCCACCUUUCGAAGAUGGACAAGGCUUUGACUUGACGGAGGGCCCGGGAGGCUGGGCUCCCUGCCCAGAUGGCAGUGGCAAAUGAUAUAGAGCCUGCAGGCUGUACCUCUAAGGACGCUGGGGCAGUAACCACAGCAGCAAACGCAGUGCAUCCUUCAGCAGCUAGAUACUGAAACUGCGCGCCUCCCACGCGCCCCGCGACGAAGUCACGCUCCACUGGGGCAAAAUGGCGCUACGUCCCUCACCAGCAGCGUGAGGGGGUGGGUCGUGCGUCACGUGACCUCGCCUGCCUGCCGCGCGGCCCCGACUGCCCCAGGCACGCGCUGGGAGCCCGGCUGCAGAGCGGGCGGCGGCUCUGCCCCGCUAGGGGCAUCCUACCUGGUCCCUGCUAGGUCACGACAAUCUGUCCAAGCCAAGAUCCGACCUGGAGUGGUGGGGCUGAGGCCAAGGGUGGGGGCGGCUUGUAAAGGCAAAGUGGCGGGGGGUGCAGAGCCGGCUCCAGGGGUUCAGGCAGCCCUGGGGAUUAGACCCCAGCUGAGCGUCCCAGAGUCCUGGCGUUCAGCCGAGUGUGCGGGGGCCAAGCUGUGGACACUCAGGGCCUGUUGCCCAGCCUUGGCUGCCCUUGGUUUAGCCCCCACCUUCCCAGCUAUGAUCACUAGGCUGGGGCAUUUCAUGGGGAUUCGCACCGCCCCAGCUUCGAAGCUACUAGCGGCAUUGAAAUAUAGCUUCAGCCAAAUGCUCCCAUCCCACUAGGGAGAGAGGAUCAGAGCGUGCGCGGGGUCCUCCGCAGCCACCGAUGUGUGUGCUGGGUGGGCUUGGCCGCGCUGCCCGCCCCCUCCCCCCCCCUCGGGAGGAGGGCCCAGCGAUGCUCUGUGACCGUGCCGCCUCCAUGUGGUUGCUGACGGGCCCAGGGGGGAGCAGGCAUGGGGCGCGGCCGCACCUCCCUCCCACCCCUCCUCGCGGAUGGCUGGCUAGGCGAUGAGCAGACGUGAGGGGCUAGCCGGCUGGCCGGCUCUGCAGGACGCUGCCUGGCUCCCGAGCGUCGGUCCCUCCACGCCCGGGGCAGGAGCGGCUGUGCGCUGGGCUCAGAGGCCAGGCGGACGAGCGCAAACCCCGGGCUUCGCUAUGGGGCACAACAGCAGCUGGGUGUCACCGAACACCAGCCACCCGCGCAACACGUCGGGCGCCGAGGCUGGCGCCAACCUCAGCGCGUUCGGGGAGCUGAGCGAGGCUCAGCUGUACCGCCAGUUCACCACCACCGUGCAGGUCGUCAUCUUCAUUGGCUCGCUACUGGGUUCAUUAAAAACCUGGCCUGCUCCGGGAUUUGUGCCAGUGUGGUCUGUGUGCCCUUCGACAUCAUCCUGAGCAGCAGCCCUCACUGUUGCUGGUGGAUCUAUACGAUGCUCUUCUGCAAGGUGCUCAAAUUCCUACACAAGGUGUUCUGCUCUGUGACUGUCCUCAGUUUUCCUGCUAUUGCCCUGGACAGGUACUAUUCAGUCCUUUAUCCUCUGGAGAGAAAAAUAUCUGAUGCCAAGUCUCGGGAGCUAGUGAUGUACAUCUGGGCUCAUGCAGUGGUGGCCAGUGUCCCUGUGUUUGCUGUGACCAAUGUCGCUGACAUCUAUGCUAUGUCCACCUGCACGGAAGUCUGGAGCAACUCCUUGGGCCACCUGGUGUAUGUUCUGAUCUACAAUGUCACCACAGUCAUUGUGCCCGUGGCUGUGGUAUUUCUCUUUCUCAUCCUGAUCCGGAGGGCCCUGAGUGCCAGCCAGAAGAAGAAAGUCAUAAUUGCUGCACUGAGGACCCCACAGAACACCAUCUCUAUCCCCUAUGCUUCCCAGCGAGAGGCAGAGCUACAUGCCACCCUGCUCUCCAUGGUGACAGUUUUCAUUCUCUGCAGUGUACCCUAUGCCACCCUGGUUGUCUACCAGACUGUGCUCAAUGUACCUAACACCUCUGUCUUCUUGCUUCUCACGGCCAUUUGGCUGCCCAAAGUCUCUCUGUUGGCCAACCCUGUGCUCUUCUUAACUGUGAACAAAUCGGUACGCAAGUGCUUGGUGGGGACCCUGGUGCAGUUGCACCACCGGUACAGUCGCCGCAAUGUGGUUAGUACAGGGAGUGGGGUGGCUGAGCCCAGCCUUGAGCCCAGCAUGCGCUCUGGUAGCCAGCUCUUGGAGAUGUUCCACAUUGGGCAGCAACAGAUCUUUAAGCCCUCGGAGGAUGAGGAAGAAAGUGAGGCCAAGUAUCUCGGCUCAGCCGAUUUCCAGGCAAAGGAGGUGCUCACUUCCUGCCCAGAGGGCGAGCAGGAGCCACCACAGCUUGCACCGUCUGUGCCACCUCCAGGCACAGUGGACUCUGAACCUCGGGUGUCCCCAGUAGCUCCCAUGGAAUCUGGGAUAUUUCCUGAUAAGUAUUCCCUGCAGUUUGGCUUUGGGCCUUUUGAGUUACCCCCUCAGUGGCUCUCUGAGACCCGAAAUAGCAAGAAGAGGCUGCUUCCCCCACUGGGCAAUACCCCAGAAGAGCUGAUCCAGACAAAGGUGCCCAGAGUGAACAGGGUGGAACGGAAGAUGAGCAGAAACAAUAAAGUGAGCAUUUUUCCAAAGGUAGACUCCUAGCAAGGCCUGUGAGGGCCCGGAAGCCACAGGGAGCUUGUGUAGUCCUGUUCCCCCCUCACUCUGGCUGCAAGCCACCGUGGGGCGACAACUCCUCUAUGGGGCAGAUGCUUCUGAGUGAAAGGGAAGUCUACAUAAAUCCAAUGUCCUCUUUAUUGAGGGAGUAUAUAUUAUCUAUCUUAGUGGUCUGUGUCCUUCGUCACAUUCAGUGUAAACUGGGCAGAUCGGAACAUUUUUUUCUGGGAGAUUCCUCCUUUCCCUGUGUACAACAGAGAACUCAAAGGGAGUAGGCACUCUGAGAGGCCCAGGAUAAUUAUGGGCAUCAUUGGCCACAAAGAGGAAGCUGAUUUGGUUUUAUUUAUUUUUUAUUUUAUUUUAUUUUUUUUGAGACUGGAUCUCUCUAUAUAGCCCCACCAUAUAGACCGGGCUGGCUUUGAACUCAGAGAUCCACUUGCCUCUGCCUUCUGAGAGCUGGGAUUAAAGGCCUUGCCCGCAUGCCCACUUAAGAAACAUAUUUGGAUAGCUAAAUAAGAAUAACAAACAGAAAGAUAUCUGUACUGAGAAGACAGAGCCAUGGUGUCCAAUGCUGUUCGCUAGAUUUUGCAACCACCUGGAUCCUGUUUGCCGAUACCCCUCAUCCGGAUUUCUGGGUCAUAAAGGGGGGAUGACUGGUCCUACCUUGUGGCAGACAGGGCAGUAUCGGAGGGAGCCUUUUUGUCCUUGAUUAUCUUUCCAUCCUGUUGGUAUCACCAAGGCCUCCCACAAAUGUCCCUUCUGUCACCAGUCACCACUGCUGCCAGGAAACCACUGCCAACCCUUCCUUCGCUGUAUGUCCGUUUAAACUGCACUUGAUCAGCAACAAGGAGAGAAGCUUUGUGGCAGUGAAGGCAGGUUGAGAAAUGCCCACGAUGCAUAGCUUUUCUUUCUUUGACGUGAUCUAGAACAAAAGACUAGAGUCAGUAUAGUGGGAUAUAUUGAGUGACGUAUAGGCACAAAGUAAAACGUCAUAGUUGGCAAAUGUUUGGAGUUAAAAGGUGCUGAAGAAAUGUAGGUGACAUGCACUGGGUCCUUUGACACCUUUAAGGUAAACUUCCUUUAUUAGCACAAGUGAUUCUGCCCCAGGACUUGUUAGUCUGACCUAUAGAAUGGGCCCGCCUGACAGUCUCAUUUUCAAUAUGUUCAAUGAUUCUGGUCCCCAGAGAAGGUGAGCAGAGCAAGGAGAAAUAAUGAUUGCAAAAUGCUAAAGCAAUACCCACCCUGAUUUAGCACCUCACCCCCUACUUCCCAGUGAAGGUUCAGUCUGAGCCAUGGUGGAUGGGAGAACGUGUUCUUUCAGCAGCCCAAUGUCCUGGUUCUCACGUGUGAGCCACUCUGGGACUGAUGUACCAGGCCUAAUUCCAACCAAACCCUCCCCUCAUACGUCAAGUCUGCAGCUCUGCUCUUCUUUAGGGUGCUUUGUUCUUGUUCGUGGUACUUAGUGGAGCCAGCCGGCUGGCUUGAAUGGAUGGGUGUUCCUUACUGGCAAACCUCUACAUCUCAAAGGCAGUGGUCCUAGCAGCCUGUUUAGUCAUGCUGGCCCAUCUCCCCUAGGCAGAAGUUCAGUCCAUGUGUGGGGAGACUCCUUUUCUUUCCUUCUGUUGUGUUAUGUCUUGUGAACCUCAAAAUCUUCUCCUUGAAGAGGGAGCACCUUCCUUUCUGUGCACCACCUCACAGACUUGUUUGCUUGCCAUAGAGACAGGGCACUGCACCCCUCUUGAGGCUCUGUGGCCCUCCGGGCCCCGUGUACAUGCCAUCUGUAGCCCUUGGUCCUGACUCUGUGUUAAUGCUGUGGCCCUUCAAGCUCAUCUUUCAAAGCCUUCUUAAUUGAUACAGCUUUUACUAAGGGGAAAAAACAAUCUGUCAGAAUAUUGUAUGUACCUGAGAAGAACCUGUGAAAUAAACCUGUGUUGCUGUCACCGUCCUGACAUGUGUAUGUAUGACUUUAGUACAUUCUCAACAACAGAGUUUCGUUCACCAAAUUCUCAUGUAAGCUUGAAAGAGAAGGCUGACGCCUAACAGGCUGUCACCGAGUGUAUUUCUAUACUCUUUGAAGAAUAACAUUUUAAUAAAAAUUACAAAGCUGUUUCUGAGCUCGAA